GCAGGGGAGAGUCCACAUCUCUCACCCGCAGUGGCCUUAACUAUGGAUCUCAGUCAACGGCCUAUAGUCAAGAUAAUUAUGGCUUUUAUGGGACAAUUGCCUUAUAAAAAGGUUCCCUCGCUCCGUCCUUAUCACAGCCUUGCUGACUCAGGAGCAGAUGUUACGGUAAUAGCAGAAAAGGACUGGCCUCCAUCCUGGCCAGUGCUUGGUUUGGCGAAAUCCAUCUCUGGGGUUGGGGGUACAGUGUCAACUGGCGAGUCAGCGGAACGGGUGGAAAUCACUCUGAUUAAUAGGGACGGUUCCAUAGACAAACCUGUACUGAUUGGACCUCUGAUUGGGUCUGUUCCAGGCACAAUUUUGGGCCGAGACUUCCUUGAUGCCUUAGGGGUUCGCAUGACAAAUUUAUAGUAAGGGCCACUGUCUACCAAUUAGCAA